AUGCUGCCCAGAGACUGGAUCAAAUGGCUAGUUGAUCAACCGGAGAACAUUCUCUCUCAUGGAAAGGUCCAUGGCGAGAAGCUAGGGCUACGUUACCUGUUCCCGGGGUUUGAUUACACUGCUGAUAUGGCGCUUAUCACCGCGAUCCGUCUUCACCUUACUCGCAACCUAUCCAAAGUGCAAGGGGAUUUAGUCAACGAGAUCAAAAACACGACCGAUGCUACAUUUGGAGUUGAUGAGCAGACUUGGACAGAGGUCAAUCUCCUUGAAGCCAUGAAUACGAUUGUGUUGAAAUCUAGUGGUAUUGUCUUGUUUGGCCAGUCUCUUUGCCACAAUGAAAAAUUCAUGCGAUCGAUGAAGAAAUUUGGGGAUGUUUUUGGCGCAGGGAUGCUUAUUGUUGGCCAGCUUAUCCCUUCCAUAUUCCGCAGGAUGGUCGGCUGCCUAUUUCUUAUCCCGAUAGCGUACUAUCGGACUUCGUGUACAAGGUACCUUUGGCCGGUAUUCGCUGAGCGAUUGGAAAGUAUGAAGCGGGGUGAAAUGGAUCCCGCGUUUAAUUACGACGCACCUAAGGACCUCAUUACUUGGACAAUUCGUGCUGCCCUAGAUAUGAAGGACAAGGCCAUUGAAGGUCCUGGACCAGUUUUAAAGCGCUUUACACUUGUGGUAUUUUCUUCCAACCAUCGUCACAACCUCAUCGACCAGCUGGCUAACAGACCUGACCCAAAGACGUCAGGAGCUAUCUCUUCCUCAUCUGUAACGGCCGCAAACACGUUACUCGACAUCCUGAGCUCUGAUCCAAGCCUCCACUACUACCAAACCCUCCGAGUUGAAGCUGAAUCAGUUUUCCCAACGGCGGAAGAUUGGGUGCUAUCGGCAGGCCUGCUCAAAUUGCGUCAUAUGGACAGUGCCAUCCGUGAAAGCCUAAGAAGGAGCCCCAUACUUGUGCGAGGUCUUUGGAGAGAGGUGAUGCCGAUAAAUGGAGUAACACUUCCAGACGGCCAACACCUCCGACAGGGCGCUUGGAUCGGCGUACCGGUUCCGGGAAUUCAUAAUGAUGAAAGGUUUCACGAUCAACCAGAAGUCUAUGAUCCCUUCCGUUUCGUGUCUAGCUCUCUCAAAGGGGAAGUGGCCGAUGCCGAAAAUUGCAAGGCAACCAUGCUGACGAUGACCAAUGAUACUUUCCUUCCGUUUGGAUAUGCGCGCCAUUCUUGUCCUGGCCGAUGGUUUGCGUCGCACCUUCUCAAACUUGUCUUGGCAUAUAUCGUUGCACAUUAUGACAUCCAACCUCUCUGCGAAAGACCCCUUAAUCACAUAUGGGGCGAGCACCCAGUUCCCCCACCGUGGACUAUGAUAAGGGUGAAAAGAAGAAAAGUCACUUGA